AUGGAGAGUGCACCGACUCGAGUGAUGGUGGCUGUGAACGAAUCGACGAUGAAAGACCAUCCUCACCCUUCGAUCAGUAGCAAAAGGGCUUUCGAAUGGACUCUGGAGAAGAUGGUCCGAUCCAACACUUCGGAUUUCAAGAUUCUCUUGCUCCAUGUACAAGUCGUCGACGAAGACGGUUUUGAUGAAGUAGACAGCGUAUAUGCUUCACCUGAGGAUUUCAGAGAGAUGAGAGAGUCUAACAAGGCCAAAGGUCUUCAUCUUCUUGAGUUUUUUGUUAAAAGAUGUCACGAGAUUGGGGUCGGUUGUGAGGCCUGGGUUAAGAAAGGUGAUCCCAAGGAGGUGAUAUGCCAAGAAGUGAUUCGUGUCCGACCAGAUCUUCUCGUUGUUGGAAGUCGUGGUCUUGGCCGCUUCCAAAAGGUCUUUGUGGGGACUGUGGGUGCCUUCUGUGUGAAACAUGCCGAGUGUCCAGUGAUCACCAUCAAACGCAAUGCUGAUGAAACUCCCAGUGAUCCUGCUGAUGACUAA